UAAUGGUUUACGGCAGAUUGAUUUAUAACAAUGUAAAGGAUUACACUCCUUAAUGGUUUAAGACUAUCCCUUAUUAAUAAACAGUCAAACCAAGUUUUGGUAUGAUUAAAUAAAAUAACAAUCUUUAGUCAGAAAACCAUAAGUUGUUUCUAGAUUGAAUGCUGAUCCAAAAGUCAAAGCUUUCUGGAGAUUCUUAGGAAGAAAUGUUGCUGAUAAUCCUUGGGCUUGGUAAGUCUAUAUUUUUGCUAAUUCUGUUAUAAUCUUUUCAUUAUGUUAUUAUCCAUGGCUCUGGGUUUAUUAAUUCAACAACAAAAAAGUAAGAAUUUCUAAUCUAUCUUUCAGCGAACUAUUGAUUAUGCCCUACAAUAAGAGAAAGAAUUCAAGGCAAAAUAGGAUGCUGCUUAAGAAUGAGUU